AGGAUUUGAUGGACUCCAGGCUGGGGAUCUUCCUUCUAGGGUCUCCACCACCCACUAUCACCUGGGAGUGAACCUGAUCUUCAGGGCUCUGCGAGUCCGACCUGGGCGGGGUGGGGGUGACUUUGGCUGACCAAACAGAGACAGGCAGACCCAAACAGGCUGUGGCCAAAAACAUCCCAUGUUUCGGUCGUGGCCCUGAAACAUGAACUAGGACAUGGUUCCAGCCUAGAGGGUCAAGGAGGCACAGCACUAACAGGGAAGGACACAGGCUGCUGUCAGGACACACACCCAAGGCGAGAACACUGCUGACGUGGCAGCCCUCCGCCCCAGCCCCUUACUGCCCCCCGCCCCUCUCCCCCGCCUGCCAGCUGCCAACAGGGCUCUGCCCAGUGUCUGCCACACCUGUCACUGUCUGUCCUUGUCCAGGGGGAGCCCCAUCAGCCCCUCCUCAGCUGCCCAGCAGAGCAAGCGGUUAGUGGGGAGGGGAGGGAACAUGGAGCGGGGGCCGGCGGUGGGGGCAGGGCGGGGGGCCGGGGCCCAGACCUGGGCACUGCUGGGCUGCUUGGUCAGGGUGCUGCUCUGGGUGGCCUCUGCUUUGCUCUACUUUGGAAGCGAACAGGCUGCCCACCUCCUGGGCAGCCCCUGCUUACGGCGCCUCUACCAUGCCUGGCUGGCAGCAGUGGUCAUCUUCGGGCCCCUUCUGCAGUUCCAUGUCAACCCUCGGACCAUCUUUGCCAGCCAUGGCAACUUCUUCAACAUAAAGUUUGUGAAUUCAGCAUGGGGCUGGACGUGCACCUUCCUGGGGGGCUUCGUGUUGCUGGUGGUGUUCCUGGCUACACGGCGAGUGGCAGUGACUGCCCGGCACCUGAGCCGCUUGGUGGUUGGGGCAGCUGUGUGGCGGGGUGCUGGCCGGGCCUUCCUGCUCAUCGAGGACCUGACAGGCUCCUGCUUCGAGCCUCUGCCCCAGGGCCUGCUGCUCCGCGAGCUGCCGGACCGCCGCAGCUGCCUGGCGGCUGGCCACCAGUGGCGGGGCUACACCGUCUCCUCCCACACCUUCCUGCUCACCUUCUGCUGCCUGCUCAUGGCCGAGGAAGCAGCAGUGUUCGCCAAGUACCUGGCCCACGGGCUGCCCGCCGGCGCACCCCUGCGCCUUGUCUUCCUGCUCAACGUGCUGCUGCUGGGCCUCUGGAACUUCUUGCUGCUCUGCACCGUCAUCUAUUUCCACCAAUAUACUCACAAGGUGGUGGGCGCCGCGGUGGGGACCUUUGCCUGGUACCUCACCUACGGCAGCUGGUAUCAUCAGCCCUGGUCUCCGGGGAUCCCGGGCCAUGGGCUCUUCCCUCACCCUCACUCCAGCCACAAGCAUAACUGAAAGAAAUAAAGGCACUUUAGGCCUGGC